UGAUAAUGUUGUGUAUAUUAAAAUUCUAGGCACUUGGCAAAAGCUAGAAAUGAUUUUACAAUGUCUUGUCAUGUCACAAUAUUCUCAUUCUGGUAACAUUUUUCCAUACAAAAAAGAAGCAAAAUGAAAAGUUAUCACCAUAGAAGAUAGUGUCUUCUGUAGAAAUUUUCAUCAACUAACUUAUCUCAGUCUCUAUAUUACUAUGAUCAACAACUCAUUCAAGUUUGAAGUAAACAAUUUGCCACUCACACUUACUUUACGACCAAAGUUCAAAUUCAAAUCUAAAAAGAAAAAAGAAAACAAUUCAGAAGAAUGGGUGAUUUACAAAUUCAACAAGAAUCCAUGGUGAUCCCUCACAAACAGAAACAAUCCAUGAUUAUUCCAACAUCAUCAAUGCUUCAUCAUCACCCUCACAACAACACUGUCAAACUCUGUUCACCAUCAUCAUCAUCUGCUCACCAACCGUCAUCCAAGAAGCAUUCUUUUGACGCAAGCAAUCUCACCCGUAAUGGCUUCUCCGCCAUUACACUUUCUUUCAGUCUCCGUGGGAAUACUCUUAGCCGCUGUGUCUCUGAUCCAUGCACCUUGCCGGAUCAAUCCAUGCCGGUAAAAGGGCCGUCAACUGCUUUGCAGCCUCUGCCUCCAAUCAGGAGAUGUAUAUCUGAAGUUAUUGAUCCGUCUGAUGUUAAAGAAGCAGUUGAUCGUUAUUUGAACUCUGCUGAAAAAACCACCCUUGAAUCUGAUUCAAUGGCUUAAAAGGAAUGAAGAAAGUGUGGGAUGAAGUUAUGGAAGACGAGGAAGAAAAUGAAAAGGAACAACAAGAAGAAGAGCCCUCUCCUGAUGCUGAAGAUGAAAAAGAUGAAAAAGAACAAGAACAAGAAGAGCACUGUCUUGACUCUUUUGUUGCUAAAGAUGAAAAAGUCAUAUCUCAGGUACAUGUCUUGAAUCUUCAACUGUGAU